CUGCCGCCUCCCAUCCACCGUCAGGAAGAGGGCUCUCUGGUAGGUCCGGCCAAUCCUGAGAGGGCGGCCCCGAAGCACAGUUCCUCCAAUAGCCGCUCGGGAAACGGCCGGGGCGGGCGAAGGAUGAAGCCGAGAGGAAGGACUGGCAAGUUAUCGCCGUCUGCGAGCUGUGAACUCGCGCAUGUGCACUGGCCUCCAGUUCGCGGAGAGCAAUGGCUUCUCCCAUUUUUGCUCCGCGUUUUGCGGCCUACGUGGUGCAUCGUAUUUACAAUCGUAGACUGUCCUAUAAGCUGGGGGAGCAAGACCCCAAAAUUGGAAACAGCUGUUCUAGGAUAUCAAGAUGGACGUAAUCAAGGCUCAGCGCGGACAGCCCAGCACAAAGCCCUCGGGAGCCGGAACGUGCGCGCGGCUCCGCCCUCUUUUGGCGAAGCGACGAGGGCUGACCCUUCCCGCGACCCGUCGCGGGGCGGAGCUCUAGCCGCGGGCUCGCCGCGCUGCGCGUCGCCAUGGAACCCGACGGCACCUACGAGCCGGGCUUCGUGGGUAUUCGAUUCUGCCAGGAAUGUAACAACAUGCUUUACCCCAAGGAGGACAAGGAGAACCGCAUUCUGCUCUACGCGUGCCGGAACUGUGAUUACCAACAGGAAGCUGAUAACAGCUGCAUCUACGUUAACAAAAUCACACACGAAGUAGACGAACUGACCCAGAUCAUCGCUGACGUGUCCCAGGACCCCACGUUGCCACGUACCGAGGACCACCCGUGCCAAAAGUGCGGCCACAAGGAGGCGGUGUUCUUCCAGUCGCACAGUGCCCGGGCUGAGGAUGCCAUGCGCCUGUACUACGUGUGCACUGCUCCACACUGUGGACACCGUUGGACUGAGUGAACCCUCUCCCUGACUUGUAAUAAAUACAGUGUUUUGUGGAUGCAUUUCCUCUGUUUAUUUG